AUGUCCAGAUCCGGGGACCGGACCUCCACCUUCGACCCCAGCCACAGCGACAACCUGCUGCACGGCCUCAAUCUGCUGUGGAGGAAGCAGCUGUUUUGCGACGUGACCCUGACGGCCCAGGGCCAGCAGUUCCACUGCCACAAGGCCGUGCUGGCUUCCUGCUCGCAGUACUUCCGAUCGCUUUUCUCCAGUCACCCCCCUCUCGGUGGAGGGCUCGGCGGCCAGGACGGUCUGGGGCCCCCCAAGGACCAGCAGCCGCCGCAGCAACAGCCGCCACCGCCGCAGGAGGAGCCGGGGACUCCUUCCUCCUCCCCCGACGACAAGCUGCUGACCAGUCCUCGGGCCAUCAACAACCUGGUGCUCCAGGGCUGCUCGUCCAUCGGGCUGCGCCUGGUGCUCGAGUACCUCUACACGGCCAACGUGACCCUCUCCCUGGACACGGUGGAGGAGGUGCUGUCGGUCAGCAAGAUCUUGCACAUCCCCCAGGUCACCAAGCUCUGCGUGCAGUUCCUCAACGACCAGAUCUCGGUGCAGAACUACAAGCAAGUGUGCAAGAUCGCCGCACUGCACGGCCUGGAGGAGACCAAGAAGCUGGCCAACAAGUACCUGGUGGAGGAUGUGCUGCUGCUCAACUUCGAGGAGAUGCGCGCCCUGCUGGACUCGCUGCCGCCCCCCGUGGAGUCGGAGCUGGCGCUCUUCCAGAUGUCCGUGCUGUGGCUGGAGCACGACCGCGAGACCCGCAUGCAGUACGCGCCCGACCUCAUGAAGCGCCUCCGCUUCGCGCUCAUCCCGGCCCCCGAGCUGGUGGAGCGGGUCCAGUCAGUGGAUUUCAUGCGCACCGACCCGGUCUGCCAGAAGCUGCUGCUGGACGCCAUGAACUAUCACCUGAUGCCCUUCAGGCAGCACUGCAGGCAGAGCCUGGCCAGCAGAAUUCGCUCGAACAAGAAAAUGCUGUUGUUGGUUGGUGGAUUGCCUCCUGGGCCCGACCGGCUCCCCAGCAAUUUGGUUCAGUACUAUGAUGAUGAAAAGAAGACGUGGAAAAUCCUCACAAUUAUGCCAUACAACAGUGCCCAUCACUGCGUUGUGGAGGUGGAAAACUUCCUGUUUGUGUUGGGCGGAGAGGACCAAUGGAACCCUAAUGGAAAACACAGUACAAAUUUUGUCAGCAGAUAUGAUCCCCGAUUUAAUAGCUGGAUACAACUUCCGCCCAUGCAAGAAAGAAGAGCCAGUUUCUAUGCAUGUCGGUUGGACAAACAUUUAUACGUUAUUGGUGGACGGAAUGAAACUGGCUACUUGUCCAGCGUGGAGUGCUAUAACCUAGAAACAAAUGAAUGGCGUUAUGUGUCCCCUUUGCCACAGCCUCUGGCAGCUCACGCGGGAGCAGUGCACAAUGGGAAAAUAUACAUUUCAGGGGGUGUACACAAUGGAGAAUAUGUCCCAUGGCUAUAUUGCUAUGACCCCGUCAUGGAUGUCUGGGCUCGAAAACAAGAUAUGAACACAAAACGCGCCAUCCACACUUUGGCUGUAAUGAAUGAUCGCUUGUAUGCAAUUGGAGGAAACCAUUUGAAAGGUUUCUCCCACCUCGAUGUAAUGCUCGUGGAAUGCUAUGACCCAAAAGGUGACCAGUGGAAUAUUCUCCAGACUCCCAUUUUGGAGGGUCGCAGUGGUCCUGGCUGUGCAGUGCUAGAUGACAGCAUUUACCUUGUGGGAGGCUACAGCUGGAGUAUGGGAGCCUACAAGUCAUCUACAAUAUGCUAUUGUCCAGAAAAAGGCAGCUGGACAGAACUUGAAGGAGACGUAGCAGAACCACUGGCAGGUCCAGCCUGUGCAACAGUUAUCCUGCCUGCCUGCGUACCUUACAACAAAUAACACCAGGAAACCCUGGAAUGAACAGUAUCACAUUCUAGGAAGCAAUGACAGGUGACAUCCCUAUUACAAUAGGAAAUACAUCCUAAUGGUACAACUGCCGAAACUCCAUUCUUGGUUUCUGAUGAUUUACAAGAAGCUACAAAAGAAAAAGACCUGUCCUUGAACAGGUACUCUUGUCUGUAACUCGGAUUACACCGAACUUCCUGUGGUGACAGACUCUUCCAUUUCAGACUGGUUUUAACUUGUCCCAGCUUUACAAAAACUCCUCACAUGGAUCUCAACUUUCAAAAGGAGAAAGAUAAAAUACAGGAGAGUGCCCCCCAGAGAGACUUAAGAUCAGUAUUGUGCAUUGUAGUCUACCUGCAUGUGAUCUAUGUUGAAGUUUUGGGGAUAUUGUGUUCAUGAAUGAUUCAAGAUUUGACCCACCAAAAUACUCACACUGCAUUACAGAAAUUGCCACUUGAUUCUAUAUUCCUAACCUGUGGCUACUUCACAGAUUCCGUAGGCAACACAGUUAUAGAAAAUCAUAUAAGAUUAAAGAGGAACAUUUUUGUUUCCAUAUAACUUCAUUUCAUAUACCUUCUGCCUCUUACAGCACCUCGUGGGAAUGUAGAAGAGAAAGAUAUUGGCUCCUGUAGCAAUUGCUUUCUGCCCUGUAGGUUCCAGGCUAGCCAGAGUCAUAAUUUCUGUGUCCUCAAUUUUAUCCAAAAGAUUAAGACAAAAUACGCUGUGUCACUAUUCAGUUUAUAGAGGCUCACGCUUUCUCAUUUGGAGCAGCAUAUAAGUCAUGAAUACACCUGGUCUUUGCUUCAAAAAUAUAGGACUGACAAAGACAGUCAUGCAAUAUUGAAUACUCUGUGAAUAGCACAUCUGACCCAAACUUAACCCCUAAUGAAAACUGAGAGAUUGCUUUCAGAAAUUCAGGGACGAAAAGACAGAUUUCUCUUAAAACCUGUCCCCUUUUCUCUCUGUCCCUAAAACACACAACUUGAAGAGCCUCAGGAGCAAACCGUAGCUCCUAACAAAAUACCUCCCCCUCGGCUCUAAAAAAAGCUCUAGAUGUGGCUCUAGAAAAGCCCAUGACGGACCCUCCUUCUUCCCCCAACUCAUUACAUUUCUUUGUUAUCACCAGAGAUGCCUGGGCUCAGUUAAGCGAGCAAUAGCUAGCUGUCUUGAGAAGCAUGAGGAAUUUAGGAGCAGAAGGUCAGGAGAGCAUGAGACAGUGGCAGUGCGGCCCAUCAAAAGAGAAAAACU